CAACUGUGUAUUAUAUUUAUGAAAAAUUUAAAUAAAAGUAAUGUCAAAAUUAUACUUAUUAUUGGAUGUAGAUCAAGACAAGUCUAAUUAGAAUUAAAAAAUAUUAAUACAAGAGAUUUUCUAAUCGUUCCUCGAAUAUUCUUUUAUCGAAUCGUACAAUCUGCAUCUUAUGAUAAGAUUACAUUUGAAAGAUACUUAUUUUUAUCGAGAGGAACAACAAACUUACAAAUUGUAAAGUUCUAUGAAGAAAGGAUAGACAAAACAAUUUUUUUCGAAAAUCGCUUUGUUUCCUCCUCUCCUCUCGUAGAGCUCUUUAUUCUAUUUGUACGUAACUACGGAGCAGCAUUUGACGCUCGAGCGGGUGCCAAGUGGACGGCACUCGGGCCCGCCCGUCCGGGUUCUAGUGGUCGUCACGGGCACGUGCAAACACUCGUGAUGACCGGAGAGCGUGCACGAAAGGCGUAUACGAAAAUGUAUACGCGAGCGGUGAUCCGAUUGCGUGUACACGCGAUGUUAUGCGCGUUCCGAAGGCCGGCUGUCAAGGUAGAACGCGCGUCGUAGUGACGAGAGAGAGAGAGAGAGGGCAACGGCCGGGCAUCGUACUCGCCGCCGUGCGAAUCGCGCGCCGGCGAACGCGCCGGGAGGUGACAGAGAGACGCGGGAAUAGGAGACGAGGUGUUCACCGGCACGUCGCGCCGGCGGCCCGUAUACCGGUUUUGUACGAAGCAAAAGAAGGUGACGGACGGGACCGAAUCACGUCCGAGGAGCGGGCGGCGAACCGGUAGCCGGUCUCUCGGGAGGGCGUCGGUGGGUUCCCGCCGAAGGCCAGGCGACGCCCGAGAUCAGGUCGGGGGCCCCCGGGGCGUCCGUCUAUUUUUCAGUCUUCGCCACGUCAGGAUCGAUCGCAGCCGUAUCGACAUGAUCAUGCUCGUCCUACGCGGCCUCCUCGUUAUCGCGGCUUGUCGCAUCACUGCCGCACUGCCCCCUGCACCGGCCAAAGCGGUUUACGAUCAACGGCAAACCGGCGACUUGAACGUGCAAAUCGAACUGAAGGACCUGCAGGUGGUUGCGCUGCUCAACUCCAAGCUUCUCGACGAUUACACGGAUUACGAUUACUUCUACGAUUACUCCGAUUUUACCAUCAAACCGGGCAAUAAGCCAACCACGAUUUCCACUACGGAGAAGAACGAUAUCACGCAGGUUUACGAGCCGCUGCCGUCACAAAAUUCGACCGUCCAAGCGUCCAUCGAUAGUACAAGCCCGGCCACGAGCAACACGACGCUAUCCAAGGAUGAAGAAGCCUUAAACACUGAUCCGUCAAACGGUACCGCGAGCAACACAACGCCGCCCAAGGACGAAGGGAUUCUGAACGCUAAUUCAUUCAAUGGUACCGCGAGCUCGGUACUGGAUAACGACAACGAGAAGAAUCAGUCGAAUGAGGAAAAGGACGGUGUCAGAGCAGUUUCCUUAACCACGGGGAAACCCGUACACGCUCUGCGGUCGCAGAAGCGUUGCAGACCUGGAUAUGUUCCGAAUGGCGUCGGACGCUGUCGACGAGCGAGUCGACCAUGGUUGACUCGCUUGUUGCCGUGAGUACCAAUCAUCAACGAGCAGAACAUGCCCUUCGAUCGAUCGAAGUCAGGCGGCGAUAAAAGCCUAGAUUAAAUUUGGAAAUAAAUGUCCUCUUUGAAUAUGUGCCAUUUAUCUGCUUCGAAUUUACG